AUGUACUCAGAGAUAGCGGCACGUGAUGCAGGUCUGGAUUCGCUUCAACAUUUCGCCAAUCAACUGGAGGUCUAUCAUCCAGAUUGCCUGAAAUGUGCCCGGUGUGGUGAACAGCUAUCAGCUAUGGACCGAAGAUGCUGGAAAUAUAAGAAAUGUGCUGUAUUAUGCUUGCAGUGUAGAAUUCGACUGACUCACUGCGCUCGGUGCAGGCUCCGGGUUGCCGAGGAUGCUCUAGUACACAAAUUCGAUCAAGUCCCCUUCCAUGUGGCUUGUCUUACCUGUGACAAGUGCAGGUGUCAGCUACGUCCUGGUGACAAAUGCGGUCUUUUGGAUGAUCGACUCUAUUGCAUUGAACACUAUCUUUCUUGUCUAAUGAUGUCUGGUUUCUACGACCCGUCGACGGAUCCCACGGAGCCGAUGAGUUGCACAGAAAGGGUGGAAGCCACGAGCAAUGACUAUGAACGUCCUCAGACAAUCCAAGGGCGAACAAUGGAGCCGGAUUCGCGGAGGUCAAAUACUUGCAUGCAAACACAUAAACACAUCGUACACAAAUUCGAUCAAGUCCCCUUCCAUGUGGCUUGUCUUACCUGUGACAAGUGCAGGUGUCAGCUACGUCCUGGUGACAAAUGCGGUCUUUUGGAUGAUCGACUCUAUUGCAUUGAACACUAUCUUUCUUGUCUAAUGAUGUCUGGUUUCUACGACCCGUCGACGGAUCCCACGGAGCCGAUGAGUUGCACAGAAAGGGUGGAAGCCACGAGCAAUGACUAUGAACGUCCUCAGACAAUCCAAGGGCGAACAAUGGAGCCGGAUUCGCGGAGGUCAAAUACUUGCAUGCAAACACAUAAACACAUCGAUAAUGUCAUCUGCCCAUCCGAAGCAAAUGAUGAAACAGGGACAACCCGUCAUACAGGAAUCCACGGCACAGACAUGCUUAGACCUGAAGAGGAACCUGUGAAGAACAAAGCUGACUCACCCUUUCUACAUCAGUCCUUAAACAGAAGAUCAGCAUCCGUGCCGAUUCCACAGAAACAUGAUAAUCUGGUAUCGUCUUCAGCGGCCGAUUCGUUGUAUCCAGAUGAGGAACUCAUCGAGAUGGAUGACAUGGCCCCAAUAGCCAUCACAGCAGCAAGUGCCAGUCUGUUGUCCACCGAGAGUCCGUUCGUGACAGCCGAGAACAGUGGCCAUUCGAUAGAUAGUAGCACAAGCAGUGGUUGUAGUGUACAUUCCAAAUCAAAACGCAUAAGGACCAGCUUUACCCCAGAUCAACUGGCAAUACUGCAAGCGAAUUUUGACGUUGAAGCAAAUCCUGAUGGCCAAGAAUUGGAACGUAUUGCCAACGUUGCGCGGCUGAACAAAAGAGUGACUCAGGUUUGGUUUCAAAAUGCGCGCGCACGGAAAAAGAAGAUUGAAUGUAAAGGGCUGGGUCCAUUCAGUCAUCUGACAAUGAACUGUUCUGCAUACUACUUGAAUGAGUCGAAUGCCAGCAAGGAGGACCUUGUGGAGUGCGAUGAAGAUGGCCAUCCACAGAGUCAGAAUCAUUCACAUUCGGGUGAACAGCUGGCUAGUUUUCUCUACGAUCCAUUCAGCUCCAUCAAACCCAUGACGUUUCCCUGUGGUCUAAUCGAUUUUCCCAGCAUUCCGAUUCCGCCAGCGUCGUUUCUGCAUCCGUUUGUCAACAUCGCACCAGCAGAUCUGGAGCAGCAUCUUUCGAAUGGCUUCAAUGAGAUAACAUAUCCAAAUGAUAGAAGCAACUCAUCGCUGACCUGCCCUAGAUACCUGCAUUCCAAAGUGCCAGAAUUUGUGUUGAAAGAUAUGGGUAUUCAAGUGAUAUAUCCCGUAUCGCGGUCCCUAUCCGGGGAGACGGCAAUGACCAAGGCUUUCGCUGAAAAUUCAAUGUCUGCCCACCACUGGUUCGUUUCCACCUUUCACGUGGCUGUGCAAAAAGGGCCCUGCGGGGCAUACAGAGCAAGCCAGCACAACCUGUGGAGUGAGUUAUUUCUUUCGAAUACCAUUCGACACACUUCACCAUUACUGAUCCGGCGUGGCUAUUCCAAUCCGGAUGGAAAUAUCAUCUUUGGCUAG